AUGGCCACAACUGCCCCCGCCCUCCUCCACGAUACCCCCCAGGGCGCAGUCUUUCCCCACCACGACCCCCAGGACGCCCCUCAGGACAAGAUCAGCGCGUACUACAGCCUUGCUUUCCCCAACUUCGUCUACUAUCUCCAGACCCUCAAUGUCACUAUUGGCCGCCGCUGCGUUCCAGCGAACACCGCGUCUUCCUCGGACAGCCCUCAGGUCGACGUGGAUCUUGGACCUCUCAAGAGCGUAUCUCGUCUGCACGCGAAGAUAGAGUAUGACGAGGACGAGGAGCGCUUCGUUCUCAUUGUCAUCGGUCGUAACGGAGCUUGGGUGGACGGCGUAUGGUCAGGAAGCGGCAGCAAAGUGCCUCUGGGCGACCGGGCGCAGAUUCAAAUCGCGUCCAGGACGUUUUUCUUCGUUCUUCCGCCCUCACCCCCUCCUGAAGACUCUCCUUCGCCCAGCUCACAAUCUUCGGGCCACCGAGCACGCUCCCCAUCGGUCGACAUUACCACCUAUUCUCCACCCUCAUCCAUACCGUCCGAAUCGCCUCCACCAGCGAGCAUCCCUACCGCAGCCCCGAAGGUUCCACCACUACCGGAAAUCUCUCUUCCGAACUCCAACGCUAUCCCACAUCUCAAGUCGAAUUCCAAGAAGCGCAAGAAGUCCGAUGCACCGCCGCCCCCACUACCUCCGCCCGAGGUUAUGCCACCGAAGCCUCCUCUAACUUAUGCACAACUAUGUUAUCGUGCUAUUAAGGCUCUCGGUGGCAAGGCGUCGCUGCAAGAGAUUUGCCAGUGGAUCAAGGACUCGUACGACUGGUACAAGUACUGUAGCAAGGAUUGGGAGAGUUCUGUGCGACAUAAUCUUUCGUCCAACGUAGGGUUCAAGAAGCACUUGCGAAGUAAGGAAGAGAAGGGAAAGGGGGCGCUCUGGAUGGUCGAUGACGCACAUGAGCAUACCUUUGAGGAACUCGAUGCUCGCAAGCAGAACGUUCUGGUCGGCGGCGUGGUCACCAAAGAUGGGAAAAUCGGCGGGAAGAAGGGGAAAGCUGUCGUACCCCUCGAGCCUCCGCUGAGACGCAGCGUCAAGGGUGACUCGAAAGGCGUCCCACUACCACCACCACUCACAUCUACGCCCCUCGCCUUGAAGUCCUCAACUCCAACAUUUCCCUCUGGUUCUGCAUCCUCCUCUUCACCUCCGCUCACAACGGCUCCUGCGCUUGUGAAGGCUGAGCCAGUGACCGUCUCGCAUAUCCCGUCUCCGCCCUCAAACAUUCAAGCGUCUUUCCAUGCUGCUGUGCCGGCCGCAUCUACGCCCCUUUCCACUGGCGUUUUGCCCACUGGUCACGCCAUCGGCAAUGUGGCUCCAUCCCAAGCCUCUUCAUCUAGUUCCGCCGCUCCCGCUACCUCUGCAUUCCCCACCAUUCCAGCCUCCGUGCGUAUACCCAUCAUUGUCGGACCCGUCCCCUCUACCACCGCCUCCGGAGGCGCCCCAGCGCCCCCGAAGCCGAUCGUAUUGCACGAGAAUACGCUCAUCCUCAACCCGGAGAUCUUCUCCCACCUCACGCCACAACACCUACUAGACCUGGAAGCGCUCGGAGCGCAGAAGGCAUUGGAGAUCCUCCAAGCAUACAUCGUGCGCUACUACAAGGAGAAGCUGAAGGCCGAAGGCGGGCGUGGACGGGGCAGGGGCCGUCCAAGGCGCGGCCGCGGCGGUGCGACCGGACGUGGCUCGACGCCCGCUGGUUCAGUCGCGCGGACGGAUACACCCAUGAACGGACCAUUUACGACGGCGCCUCUACCACCUCGUGUUUCGAAGCCGACCGUCCCGUCUCCCGCUGUUCCCGGGUCCAUCCAAGACUUCUCCAGCGCUCCGCCCCCAGCGUCCUCCGAGCCACCUGCAGACGCACCGUCUCCGAUUGUCGUCAUCGACGACGAGGAGGACGACGCAGCCGAGCAGGAGCCCGUGGCGAAGCGCCGACGCCUGGACGAGCCAGUCAUCGACCUCACGGGCGCAUAGCACGCCGCACACCUGUGCACGCACGCACGUCCGCACACGCACGUUCAUAGAUCCGCGCCCACAUCUCCGCAUCGCACGCGGCGCAUUCGUCGACGGCCUGUCCCGUCCGUCCAUCCGUGUAUUUGUCUUACAUCGCCGGCACGCCGGAGCCGCACUGGCACACUGUACAGUUAAAGGCACAUACGCUACAUCGCUAUAUUCUCUCUGCGGUAUCAUAGGGGACGGUUAUAAUGACAUUGUCU